CGGCACGGCACGGAACGGCACAGAACGGCACAGGCACGGAACGGCACAGGCACGGCACAGGAGCUCCGCCUCGCCUCCGGGAACGACCUCCCCCGAGACUUAGAAGUAUUUCUCAAGAACAACUGUAAGCAAAUCCACGGCGAUGCAAGGACCUCAACCUGCCCCAGCACCUGGAGUCCCCUAUGGCCCCCCUCAGCCUGUCCCUGGGACUUACCAAGGUGCAGAGAACUAUGGCUUCCAAGCCCAGUACAUGGGAUUCCCAGGCGGACCUGCUGUUCCACCUGUCCAGAAUCAGCCGGUCAUGCAUGGGGGGACAAUUUGGAUGCCUGUCCCUCCUUCUAUUCCCAACUGCCCUCCUGGACUGGAAUACCUCACACAGAUUGACCAGAUACUAAUUCAUCAGCAAAUUGAACUUCUUGAGAUUUUGACUGGCUUUGAAACAAACAACAAGUACGAGCUCAAGAACGCGCUGGGGCAGAGGGUGUACUUCGCAGCAGAGGACACUGACUGCUGCACCAGGAUGUUCUGUGGGCCCUCGCGCUCCUUCACCCUCCGCAUCAUCGACAACCUGGGCCGUGAGGUGAUAACCCUGCAGAGGCCUCUGCGCUGCUCCUCCUGCUGCUUCCCCUGCUGUUUGCAGGAGAUGGAAGUGCAGGCGCCUCCAGGAACAACAGUUGGUUAUGUUGUCCAGAACUGGCAUCCCUGCCUGCCAAAGUUUACCAUUCAAGAUGAGAAAGGAAUGGAUAUACUGAAAAUUACCGGCCCCUGUGUUGUCUGCAGCUGUUGUGAGGAUGUUAAUUUUGAGGUGAAGUCUGUGGAUGAGACCUGUACUGUUGGGAGGAUUUCUAAGCAUUGGACUGGGUUUGUGAAAGAAGCCUUUACAGAUGCAGAUAACUUUGGAAUCGCAUUCCCAAUGGACCUUGAUGUGAAAAUGAAAGCUGUCAUGAUUGGAGCUUGCUUCCUCAUUGACUUCAUGUUUUUUGAGCAUGGUGCUGAUAGGAAACAGCAAUCGGGAGUUUGGUGAUGAAAUCUGGAAGUUUUUAUAGAAGAAAGAAGAACAUGGAUCUCCCAGCUUCCCAGGGAACUGCAGAGCUCCAGUAAGAAUGUGAACUGCAGAGGUCCAGUAAGAAUGUGAGAAGUGUACAUAUUACGGUUACAUUUCUAUAACGGAAAAGCUUUAUUAUCCUGUUUUUCUUGGGUUUUUUUUGGUUCUCUGAUGAAAUACUUUGUAAUAUUGAAAUAGGAAGCCUUUAUCUGCACAGAUGAAUACUAUGAUUUAUAGAAAUAUAUGGCAACCUUUUUAUUCCCAAGAGAUUUGAAAUUGUAAAGUAACUACUUAUAGGUGUUAUUUCUAACUACUUAUAGUAAUACUUUGAUUCCUGAAAAAGAGGACUACUUCUGUAUUCAAUAUUAAUGUUAUUAGUGAACCUAAAAAAGAGAUGCUGAUCUUUUCCUGUGUGUCCUUUGGUAUUUUUGCCUUGGUGUUCACAUUCUGUAGUUUUCAACUUCUUAUCCAAAUAUAUACGUUCAAAACAAUGUCAUGGAUGUGAAAAGAACUAUCUGAAAUCAGAGUAAAAUUGUAUUAAUUUGGUGUA